GGCAACAUUGCCUUAAAAUGUCAUAUUCUGUUGACAACGAAAUAUCCCAAGCUGCGUCUAUUUUAUUUGAAAGUAAUCAAAAAUACACUCGGAUGGCUGAGAAACCGCCUGAGGAGGGCUACAUCUCGGUCGUGGAUGAGGAGCCGGAGAUAUUUGAGUUGUUAAAAUGGGAUUCCUCUCAUACACAAAAACAACAGGAGCCCCGACCAGUAGAGAAAGCGCGAAGCCCCGAGAAAAGGCCCUCGAGGUCCCGGGAGGAGGUUGAUCCCUUCGACUUGCCAGACCAGACGUUCAUUGAGACUUACAGACUGUCUAAAGACCUAGUUCGUAACCUGAUAGAGGAGGUGGCACCUGUCAUGCCAGACUCUUUGAAGUCCCUUGAGUUCUCAGUGGAGAGCAAAGUACUGGCAGCAUUAUCCUUUUAUGCAACAGGCAAGUUCCAGAAGUCAUUUGGAGGAAAAAUUGACCCGAAUCUCACAGCAUACUUUGUGGCAACGGCAAUGCAACAGGUCACCGAAGCUAUGAACCAUCCGACCAUCGUCAAGAAAUACAUCCACUUUCCACAUUUGAGGGGCGAGAGAGAUAUAAUAAAAGCAAGGUUCUACAUGAAGUAUGGCAUCCCGAACGUGGUAGGCUGCAUUGACUGCACGCACGUGCCCAUCAUGCCACCCAACGACGACCGCAAGGCACAUUUCAAUAAGUCGUACCACUCCAAGAAGGUGCAGAUUAUCUGCGACAGCGACUGCAACAUCUUGAGCGUGGAGGCGAGCGCGGGCGGCGCGUUGUCCUGCGACGCCGUGCUCAACCGGCACGCCGUGCGCGUCGACCUUGACAGCCUGAACAACGCCGGCGAGCAGUGCUGGCUCAUUGGUGGCCCAUUUUACACACAGAAACCGUACAUCAUGACGCCGAUACCGAAAAUGACGAAGAAAUCCCCCAUCACACCGGAAAAGUAUUACUCGAACCUCCACACGCAGACAUUUUCAGCCGUGACCGAGACAAUAAAACAGCUGAAGAGCCGGUGGAAAUGUCUGCAGGCCACUUGCAAUAAACAGAUCGAACCGCCUUCCGUUACUAUGAUCGUGGUGGCCUGCUGUGUGUUACAUAACAUAUGUAACGGGCGGGGGUUACCAGUGCCGCCCAUGACACAAACUGAGGAGCGUCUCGAAGCGAUGAAACAAAAGGUGGCCAAUGGCCCGAUACCAAGGAAGCAGGUUGAGCAUCCAGCUGGUAUCCAAGCGAGGUUAUCUCUAGCGGAGCGGCUGUGGAACGAGCGGAGAGUCAUGCCGGAGUGUUCUGUGCCUAAGAAGCGGAUGUCCAAGAAGGAUAGAUUGCUAGAAGGUCAUCAGCACCAACAACAGCCGCCGCCAACCGCUAGCCAGCCGCCUCCGCUACAUGAUGAUAGUAAGCGCCCGCGUAUAAUUAGCGUCCACACCACAAACUACAACUUGGCGAUGCCUGGCUGGGGACACUAUCCGCAGUAGGCAACCUUCCAGCGCUUGAGUACAACCUGGUAUCAGUUGAUGAGCCACUGUAGGCCUUGACAUGGCUUAAUCGAACUGUAUGUAGCCUCCGAAUGACAGAAUCUUAAGAAAAUCAGGUUGAUUAAAACCUGAAAUGUCCUAGCCAAACUGGGACUCAAACCCAGAAGCUCCAAUAUAAGAGACAUCUAGACCAUAGAGUACUCAGUGUCAGUGCACGUUUAGUAAAUACAGUAUGAAUCGUGGCGCCGAAGGGAUGUGAGUGUUGCGUUAUAAUCUGUGCCACUGAGUUUAUGAAACGUGAGGAACUAUUUAGAUGUAAAUAAAUAGGUUUCCUUGUAAGAUAGGUUUAGUUCAUGAACAGACGUUUAUUUGGAGUCAGUAAUUUGUUAUGAAUUGUGUACCAGUGUGUCAGAACCAGUAUGAAACCUUUGACUGGUCUAAAUAUCAAUAAAUUUCAAGUUACUGACUCAAAUCGUAAAGGCAGCCAUGAGUAGUUUGAUACUCAAAUUAUAUUUAGGAAGUAGUUAUAGUAAGUAACUUUGUUACAACUAAAAUGGCAGUGUUAUUUUAUACAACAGAAAGCAAUAUUGGUGCUUUUGUAAAUAAUGUACGAGCAGAAAUGACGUGUAAGUUUAAUCGGGAAAAACGAAAUUGUAUAGUUUUUUAUCACAAUUAUUAUCUAUGAACUUCACUGGUAGUAGGUAUCUAUCAGCAAUUUGCUUUUGUUGAAUCUCAUAAUCGACAUUACCUUUUAUUUAUAAAAAUAUAAAUAAUAGCACACCGUGUUUUUUCAUUUACUGAUAAAAAAGAGAACAGAAUUUUGGAAAAAACAAUGUUUUUAUAAUGAGGAUUUCUUGCACUAUCUACGCCGAAAAAGUUUAACAUGAUCUCAUUAUUAUUUACAUAACAUUAUGUUGUAUAUGAAAUAAAUUUGGAUACUUAGUAAAAGUAAUAUUUGAA